AUGGGAUACACCUGCACGGACAGUCGAGAUGAUAUCCCCGAGAAAUGGUAUUCCGAAUUCAAGCACUUCCUCCCCAACGUUCCUAUUAUCCUCGUAGGGAACAAAAAGCACCUGUGGAACGAUGAGCGCGCCCGACACCAGUUACCCAAAAUGCAUCCGGAAAUGGUGGAAUCGGAAGAGGGAUGUCUAAUGGUUGAACGCAUUAAUGCUUAUGCAUACCUGGAAUGCUCAGCGAAGACGAAAGAAGGCGUUCACGAGGUAUUCGUAACCGCUACCCGGGCCGCUCUGUCUACAAAGCGCAAAGGAAAGAAACCGUGCGAACUGUUGUAG